CGCUGGGUCUGUGAGGGCAAUAACACAGAGGAGCGAUAUAAAUGAGGAGGGAAUAACUUCCGCUUUGAUCGGAUCUGCAGCCCGCGGAGACGGAGAGGAGGAAGAGCCGAAUUGUGCGCGCAGGGAGACGGACAGCAGAGCGAGAAACAACCCGGUGUUUUAUCGGAACAGAGUGGAUUUUUAAGAAGCGUCACUGCAACAUUUGGACGGUUGGAUUUAAAGGAAAAUAUUAAUUUAAAAUCAAAGCAAGCUGUAAAAAAAAAAACAACUCCAAAAAACCGGCUGCCGGGCGCGUAGGAUUAUGAGCGUGUUUUCUGCAGGGAGAGCAGAGCAGUGCGUUUGAGUGGGACAUGGCAAACGGAGGGGACCAGUUCGGCCUUGCGGAGAGUCCGGACUCAGACUGCAUGGAUUCCCCAAAAGAGACCAAACCGGAAAAUCCGGGCUACACCUUAAACUCUCCAGCCUCUCCGCAGACAGCAUCCAGACAGCAGCCAGCGGCUACUACUACGGAGCAGAAUGGAAUGGAAGGAAUCAAAGUUUUCCUCCACGACAGAGAACUUUGGACAAAGUUUGAUGAAGUGGGAACUGAAAUGAUCAUCACCAAGGCUGGAAGGAGGAUGUUUCCCAGUUACAAGGUGAAAGUCACGGGACUCAACCCAAAAACCAAGUACAUACUCCUGAUGGACCUUGUGCCCAAGGACGACCACCGAUACAAAUUUUCAGACAACAAAUGGUCGGUAACGGGAAAGGCAGAGCCCGCGAUGCCCGGGAGGCUCAACGUCCACCCGGACUCCCCGGCCACCGGGGCGCACUGGAGCCGCCAGCUCGUCUCUUUCCAGAAGCUCAAACUCACCAACAACCACCUGGACCCCUUUGGACACAUAAUACUCAACUCCAUGCACAAAUACCAGCCUCGCCUCCAUAUUGUCAAGGCGGAUGAGAACAACGGCUUUGGCUCCAAAAAUACGGCUUUCUGCACCCACAUCUUCUCUGAGACUGCCUUCAUCGGUGUGACGUCCUACCAGAACCACAAGAUUACACAGCUGAAGAUAGAGAAUAAUCCUUUUGCCAAGGGCUUCAGAGGCAGCGAUGACAAUGAGCUGCACCGCAUGGCCAAGCUCCAAGGGAAGGACUUCCCUGUGGUCCCUCGCAGUACUGUCCGUCAGAGGGCCUGCUCCACCGGGAGUCCCUUCAGUGGGGAGGGUCGGGGUCUGCGGGGCUCCCCUGAAACCGUGGGGUCCCCGUUCAGCUGUGAGAACCGUUUGAGUCCCCAAGAGCUGCUGAGGGCCCCCCCUGCACACUACACCCUGGCCCCUCCUCACAUGCAGCACAGCCACCAGCCGCAGGUCUACUGCACCAAGAGGAAAGUGGGGGAGAACUGCUCUCCAGGAAACCGCCAGCACCCGUAUAAGAAAGCCUUCACCGGUAGCUCUCCAAGUGAGGGCGAGUCUUACUACCACCCCUCCUCCUACCCUCCUCCUCCACCCGGUCUAUCCAACAACCCUCUCACCGACUCCCCCUCCAGCUCAGACAUGGGACAGCGCCAGGCGUGCAUGUUUGCCAGCUCUGAACCCAGACUGGAUGAACUCAACUGUACAUCGUGGUCCUACAGCAGCCCUCUCCCCUCUGCCAUGACCCCCAUGGAUCCCUACCCACCUUACACCCCUCACCCCCCCUACAGCUCCAGCCCUCAGGGUUCCCGACUCAGUGCCAUAGCCAACCAGAGCUCUCCGACGCUGGGAGAACACAUCGGCCACCACCCCUAUCCGAGCCAGAGUGCCGCACCUCCACCUCAGAGCUCCCAAAACAUUCACAGCAGGCAGGUCAGCCCUCCUCUCAGAGAGUACCCUCGCUACACUCCCAACCUGUCUCCUCCUCUCUACCACACACUAGAGACACACACACACAUCAGGUGUGUCGUACCAGAAUGGAGUGCAGCCUCCUAACUGAACCAGAGGACAAACCCCAAAGACUGAUACAUGGACAGAGAUUCCUCGUCUCAAAUUCAGUGACCGUUCUUUCUGCUCUUCUGAAAGAUGCUGGCUGCAUACGGACUAUAUAUGAUAUUACCUUUGUAAAAUAAUUGUGAAAAUUCUGAUAUUUUUGUGCUGUGUGAAGAGCUCUCCUCCAGCUUUGCAGGAUGGGACAGUGGAUUGUUAAAGACUAUACAUGGUCAUCCAUAAAACAAACAAAGUUGUACUUAAUCUUCUUUCUAUAACCCAAAAACUGGUGUCAUCCAAAUGUUGUAGCUGUGAGCCCUGUUCAGGCCAGCCUGUGAAAGCUUGUUUUCCUCUAAAUCAGUCCCACUCUCUCCAUUGUGAAGGAUGUACAUUUCGACCCAGGCUGUAACAUUUACUGACCAAAAUAUCUCUGAUCUCCCAGCGGAGCCUGAGGUAGACAUAUUUUCUCUUUAGUGGAGAAAAGCAUAGCUCCAUGCUCAGUGUCAGUGAAGGAGAAAAGGCAUGAGUUGAGAAUAAAGAGGACUGUGGAAGAUCACUGAGACUGGUUGACAGCAGUGACAAUCUAUCCAGAGGAAGAGGAAGUUUACAGUUAAGUCUCGGAGGUGGCAGCAGGUUUUGGACCUGACGUGCCGCAGGGAUGUCCUGGUUGUCUCCGGUCCAAUGGGCCAAAUGGACAUGGUCAGCAGUGACUGGAGUAGCUGGAGAAGAGGGGCAACCCCUAUCCAAGGGUGGAGGAGAGUACAAGUAAGAGGGCUAGGCCAAAAUGUGUGUGUGUGUGUGUGUGUGUGUGUGUGUGGUGUGUGUGUGUGUGUGUGUGUGUGUGUGUGUGUGUGUGUGUGUGUGUGUGCGUGUGUGUGUCUGUCUGUGUGUGUGCGUGUGCCUGUUUGUAUGUAAAGCCUAUGUCAGCUCAGCUCAGCUCAAGGAUGCGAUGAGAUAAUUUCCAAUGUAGUUCCUGCGGGCGCUGUAACACAGAAAAAGCAGUUUGUUUAGGCCACGCUACAGGCUGAGGGACCUGUAAACACUGCUUUCACUGCAUUCUGGGUAAAUGCACUACUCAGCGUCACACGGUUGUCACUGCUGUCCUCUCAGUCAACCCUAGCUGACCAAUCAGCUCUCUCUUUUCUCUGAGAGCCAGCCAAUGAACAUGCCCCUUUCUUUUAUCCCCAGCUGACCAGUUAGAGCUGGAGCGUUGCAUGUUUCAUGUGUGCGUGUGUGUUGGCCCGUUUUAUUUUGUUUCUGAAUUAUUCAUUAGUCCAGUGUUGAUCCUUGACAUGCAAGGAUUGCUCAGCAAACAUAACAAAAUCAAAGUUCUGUUAAAUGUGAUAAUGUUGAUGCACUAACUCUUGUUCCUUUAAUUUGAAUCUAAAUUCUUCCUGUCUUAUCCAUUCAUGGUUUUACAAGAUCCGGUUAGAUACAUGUCCCUGCAGCAUCAUCAUUCUCCUUUUAGCUAACCGUAAAGAAAGAUAUGUGGCACCCAUUGUGAAAGCUGAGGUUUUGGUGUCUUUUUGUGUAAGAAGGCAGUUUUCAUAUAUCUGCCCUGUUGUGUUACAUGCAGUAAAAUGUGAGCAGGUGCUCUUACAUUACAAACAGUAUGCAGAGAGCAAAUCCCCAUCAUUCCUUGGUAUGUAUUUGAUAUGUAUGUAUGUGCGUUAAAAUGAGAUUUUUUUUAUAGCCUUGCUCCUGCUAACAGUAUUUAUUACUCUAGAUUUGUAAAGAUUAGUCUGUUGUUAACUUGUGAAACAAGCAGAGUUGUUCAGAGAUAUUUGUUUCUCUUUAAAGGUUUGUGUCUGGUUUCACCCGCCUUCUGUGGUGAUAAAUAGUUGUGAUAAACAAACAAAAAUGUUCUGUUAUAUGGAUAAAAAGACAGAUUUAUACACAGAAAUUGAAUAAAUGUUAGAGAAUUAUGCGUAUG